UUGAGGUAAGGAUGCAAUGAGAGAUAACAGCACCCAGAAGACACAUCAUUAAGGAACUACACUCAUGCUUUGCCUCUUGAUGGCACAGAAAGUAAGCCACAGUGACCUACUCUACUAGUCUAAGGAUUUUUAACCAAGCAAACAGGCGGCAGAAAUGAGUGGGGAAUCUACACUAAUAGACAUGACAGGCCAGCUUACACUUAUCAGAACCGGAGACCUUGCCUGAGAGAUCAUAAGACGUGACUGAAAGUGUGCAAGACAGUAAGAAGCUGGGACAGGAGGGGUCAGCCAAUCGGAGGUGAGAGAUGAGGACGCAGGGGCAGUGGGCGGCACUGGCAGUGUUGUCAAUAAUCUUGCUGCUGUCAAAGGAGGCGGCUCCAAUUGAAGUCCCACUUGACCCAAAGAUCCAGCAAGAGCUAAAACAGCCCCCCACCAUUGUGAAACAGUCACUGCAGGACUACAUUGUGGACCCCAGAGAUAACAUCAUCAUCGAAUGCGAGGCCAAGGGGAACCCAGUUCCAACGUUUCAGUGGCGGCGGAAUGGGAAAUUCUUUAACGUGGUGAAGGACCCACGGGUCACUAUGAGGAAACGUUCAGGAACGCUGGAGAUCAAAAGUAACGGGAAACAGGAGGAUUAUGAAGGAGAGUAUCAGUGCUUCGCCUCAAACGACUUUGGCACGGCAAUUUCCAACAAAAUCCUGCUACGAGUGUCCAAGUCUCCGCUUUGGCCAAAGGAGGUUCUGGAGCCAGUGACAGUGCGUGAGGGGGCAUCACUCGUCCUGCCCUGCAACCCACCUCCGGGCCUCCCUCCUCCUGAAACUUUCUGGAUGGACAGCUACAUAAUGCCUAUAGCGCAGGACAAGCGGGUGUCAAUGGGCUUGAAUGGUGACCUGUUCUUCUCCAAUGUUUUGGCCAAGGAUGCCAGCACUGACUACAGCUGCAACGCUCGGUUCGAGUUCACGCACACCAUUCAGCAGAAGAACCCUUUCACCCUUAAAGUGCUUACAACGCGUAAUGUGCUAGAAACCCAGCCUAGGUUUCUGUCUCCAAAGGGGUCGUCCAGCUCCAAGAUGGUCCUCAGAGGAGAACAGCUUCUUCUGGAGUGUAUAGCAGCUGGAGUCCCAACCCCUACCAUUAAUUGGUUUAAAAGAGGAGGAGACCUGCCAUUACAAAAAGUCAAGCUUGAGAAUUUUAAUAAGACAUUACACAUCCACAACGUGUCCGAAGAAGACUCUGGUGGCUACACCUGCAUGGCCAGCAACAAGAUUGGCAGUAUUCAACACUCAGUUGAAGUUCAGGUCAAAGCUGCUCCUUAUUGGCUAGAUAAGCCCACCAAUCUGGUGCUUGCCCCUGAAGAAAGUGGACGAUUAGUGUGCCGUGCCAAUGGGAACCCUAAACCAACUAUCCAAUGGCUGGUGAAUGGGGAACCAAUAGAGAGUUCACUGCCAAACCCAAACCAGAACGUGCUUGGUGACACCAUCCUGUUCAAUUCGGUACAGAUUGGCAGUAGCUCUGUCUACCAGUGCAACGCCUCCAACGAGCAUGGCUACCUACUGGCCAAUGCAUUCGUCAACAUCCUGGACAUGGCUCCACGGAUACUAGGGCCAAAGAACCAGCUGAUCAAAGUUAUUGAAAACAACAGGACCUUCCUUGACUGCCCUUUCUUUGGUUCACCAAUCCCUACACUGCGCUGGUUUAAGAAUGGCCUAGGCAGUGGUCUGGAUGGUGGUCAUUACAAGUUGUACCACAAUGGUACUUUGGAGAUCAAACAAGCUCAGCUAGAAGACCAGGGCACCUACACCUGUGUUGCCAGCAACAUCCUGGGCCAAAUGGAGAAUCAGGUGCGCCUGGAGGUCAAAGAGCCCACAAGAAUAGUGCGGGCCCCGGAGCAUGUCACAGAACCCAGAGGCAGCACGGUUCGCUUUGAAUGUCGAGUUAAAAAUGAUCCAUCGCUCCCUGCUACAGUCACAUGGCUGAAAGAUGACGAGCCUCUAACCUUCAGCUGGAUUGGCCGGUUGAAAAAGGAUGAUCAAACCUUGACUAUUCUCAAUAUUAAUCCAGACGAUGGGGGCACAUACACAUGCACUUGGAAAACAGAAAUAGAUGAAGACUCUGCUUCAGCUCAUCUUACAGUUAUAGAGGAUGACAUCUCGUCUGCCUCAAAUCGUAGUGCCUCUGCAGGUCGACCCGACCCCCCUCAGGAUCUUGAGCUUUCUGACCCGUCAGCUCGCAGUGUCAGACUCACCUGGGUACCUGGGAAUGAAAACAACAGCCCUGUUACACAUUUCCUAGUACAAUUUGAAGAGGACAGGUGGGAGCCGGGGAAGUGGCAGAACCUGUCAAUACAUGAUGGGAACCUAAACUCAGUUAACCUGCAGCUGUCACCCUUUGUUAACUACCAGUUCAGAGUCAUUGCAAUCAAUGCUGUGGGCCAGAGUCAACCCAGCCACCCCUCUGCACGAUAUCAGACCAGUGGAGCUCCACCUGAUAUUGUCCCAAGUGGUCUAAAGGGCUGGGGAAGUAAAAAAAACAAUAUGGAGAUCACAUGGCAGGCCCUGCAGAACACAGAAAGGAAUGGGCCAAACCUGCAAUAUGUGCUCUUCUGGAGAAUACAAGACUCUGAGGAUGAGUGGAACAACAUAACCACCACCAGAGCUAAGCAUGUUGUCCAUAAAACAGACAUCUAUGUCCCUUUUGAGAUCAAAAUACAAGCCAUCAAUGACUUUGGACAUGGUCCGGAGUCAAACAUAGUCAUCGGUUAUUCUGGGGAAGACAAACCGUCCGCUGCACCAACAGAACUUAAGGUGUCAAAAAUCAACAGCACCAAAGUAAAUGUUCACUGGACCAGUGUUGACCCCAGAACUGUGAACGGAGAGUUUAGGGAGUACAAGUUGUACUACUGGCGCGAGGCAAGCCUGAUAAAGGGCCUAAAAGUGAAUAAAACAAAGCUGCAUAAAGGAUUUUUCACAACAGCAGGCCAUCCAUCUGGUAUCCUGACAGAACUCUCUCCAUAUAGCAAAUACAAAAUGUACAUGGUUGUGGCUAAUAGAGAAUAUGAGGGACCACAAAGCAACACUGUGGAGUUUCAGACCAAGGAGGGAGAACCAGGGGCUCCAAAGUACUUAAAGAUUCAGAGACACACAGAUGUGGUUCACCUGAAGUGGGACAAGCCUCUCGAGCCAAAUGGUAUCAUAAUUGGAUACACACUCCAGUACCACACAGUGAAUGGGACUCAGGCGGGGGAGAGGAGGGUCCAGAGUUUUCCACCCAACUUGACAGAGUACAUCAUGAAGGUGCCUCACCGUUUCACACGCUACAAGUUCUACCUAGCAGCUCGCACGCAGGUCGGGGCAGGAGAGGUAUACGCUGUGGAGUCGCCACAUUUUGCAAAUGAAGGCACCCCAGAUACUGACUCAACAGUUGUAGCGGUUAACUUUACAGAUGCCUUGAUGUUCGAAACCCCUCCCCCUCCCCCUCUUUCAACUGCCCCAAUCCCAACAAUACUUACCCCAGAACCAGCCACACCAGCCCCUACAACUGCUGCUCCACCCAAACCUACUACUACUACUACUACCACUACUACAACUACUACUAUCACCACAACUACAACAGCCUCCACCACAAUUCUUCCUGUCCGGCCUGUUCCACCUAAAACUGUGGAUUGGAAAAUGCUGGCCCCGAAUGUAAAGAUCUGGAAUCUGACAGUGGAUGCUAACAAUGACUAUGCUAACGUCAGCUGGAAGCACAACUUCUCCGUUGACAGCAGCGAGUUUGUGCUAGAGUUCACACUGGACAGUAAUGGGUCGAUGAGAAGCAUACAAGUAAACCAUCAGCCUCCCAUUAAGCUGGCAGGGCUGGUGGCUGGGGCCAAGUAUCGCUUGCGGGUGUAUUCCCAUGAGCACCACUCCAUCAGCAGCGACUAUGUCAUGUUCGAGACAGGCAGAGCCUACAAAGAGCAGGAGGACAUUGCUACUCAGGGCUGGUUCAUUGGGCUGAUGUGUGCGGUCGCUCUAUUGGUUCUUAUCCUGCUCAUCGUCUGCUUUAUCAAGAGGAGUCGUGGAGGAAAAUACCAUGUGAGCGAAAAGAAAGACCUCCCAUUAGAUCCUGUUGACCAUAAAGACCAAGACGGAUCGUUCGACUAUCAGUCCCUUGAAAGGGAAAGUAGUGACGAGGACAACAAGCCAUUGCAGGGCAGCCAGACCUCCUUGGAUGGGAAUGUAAAAGAGAGUGAUGACAGUCUGGUAGACUAUGGUGAAGGAGGGGAUGGUCAGUUCAAUGAGGACGGCUCCUUCAUUGGCCAAUACACAGUAAAGAAGGACAAAGAGGAGACGGAGGGGAACGAGAGCUCAGAGGCCACAUCGCCUGUUAAUGCCAUCUACUCUCUAGCAUAGCACCCUGACCUGGAGAUGGCACCACCAGCAGGCCGGAGGUUGCCACUACAUGCAUUAAAUUAAAUAUAUAUAUGAAAAAGUAUUCACAUUGAUAGCACUGGAGUGCAUGAUCCUUCUGAACAAGGGAUGGGAGGGAAGAAAACGAAUGCAGGUAAUCCAGCUGGUGUUUGCAAACUGUUGAAGAGACUGUGUUUAAGGAAUUUAGACUAUCACCUGGGUCCCCAUGCCCCACACAGACUUUAGUGUGCCUAUUGGGCCAUGGGGUGGAAACGUGGGACUUUUAAGCUUUUUGUGUGGCUUAUGCUCUUCUUUUUUUAUUUUGAAAAUCUUGAAUCUGCCCUUUCCUCCAACUCACUGUAGCUAGUAUCAAAGAAAAGGAGAUACAAGCUCCGGUCCUUUGACAUAUCAACUGCGGGUCGACUUAGCUGCAGAAUGUCGGCAAAUACGUUUAUCAUAUUGAUAUUUCCGCAGUGAAUGAUCCAGCAGAUAUUGUAGAUGCGUCCAAAACAUGAAUUCUGUAUAGAGUGCUGGCACAGUUUGUCUGUGCUACAUAAAACUAUGCACUAGGUGUUAUGCCAUCUUGCUUUUGGGUUGAAAUUGGAUGUUGUAAUCUUAAGUUUUUGUUUAUUUUGACUUUGCAAAAAACAACACCCGUGGUCCAUGAAAAGAUAUAGAGUAUACUAUAACUGGACUGAUGCCGUGCUUUUAUUUUCACUGGCUAUAUACUGACGAUAAAAUGCCACUACUGCCAUCAAUGUUUAUAGGCUGAGGUUAGAUGGCAUCCCUUGUAAAUGAUGAAAAAAAGACAUUAUUUCGAAGCAUGGUAGUAUAUUAGUGCAAAGGACAAUGGAGAGGUUGUACUUAGAAGAGUCUCUUGAUAGAUAUCCAAUGAUAUUUUCAUUUUUUUUAAACCUUGCUUUAUAUAGUCCUCAAAAUAGAAUGACAAAAUUGAUCAUAUUUGCUCCUCAUUAAUUUUUUUCCGCUCUUUUUUUUAAUCAGCUUGGUUAAGAUCUUGGUGUCAGAGUAGCUUUAUUCAGGGAGUCUAAAAAAGUUUGGGGUGCAUCAAUACAUUGGUGGAUUGUCAUUUAAAGAUUUAGAGGCACUAGAAACCUCAACAUAGAGAAUCAGCCAUAAACUGAGCUGAGCAUUUGGGAAUCUUUUGCUGUUAGUAUACAAUUCUAAUGAAAAAGGUGAUAGCCCCUUAGACUUUUACUACUCAAUCUUUCCAGAAGUAAAUCCUGUAGCCACAAAAUGCAGUGCAGAGAAAUGUACAUAUUUGAUAUUACAUAUUAGUAACUAGGUGUUUUAGAACAAAUAUUUAAAUUCAAGUCACUAAUCAAACGUAAGCAAAUUUGUGACAUUGACCAUGUUAACUCAAAUCGCUCAAUUAACAUCAUAAGAUGUUCUUUGGAACAUUCUCAAAUCAUGCUGCAAUAACAUGGAUCCUCAGGUUUUCAAAUUAAUUCAUGUACAUUUUUUUGUUAUGUUGAUGAUAGAAUUUAUAAUGAAACAUUUUGUAUUCAAUUCGAAAUGGAUGCAAAAUAGAAGCACUUUCACUAAUGGUCUCAGACCUUUGGACCCCACUAUAUAUUUAUCUUGAUUUUCUUAAAAACAAAUUAAAAAAAAUAAUAGGGACUAAUAUAUUAAUAAUUUAUUGAUGACUGCACAUGCAAAUGUAACAGCUAAUUUGAUCUGAGGUACUCAGUUGUUAUUUAAUACAUUGUGAAAUCUUCUCUGUGUUAUGUAGGAUGAAAACUUCAGAGUUCAAACUACAAUGGCGGCCAAAAGGAAAUUGGUAAUUUAAUUCAGAAAGUGGCAUUCAACUGAUCACAAAGUAUAGUCGGGACAUUACUGAUGUAAAAAACAGCACCAUCACUAUUUGAAAAAAAAAUAAUUUUUGAUCAAAUCUAGACAGGCCCCAUUUCCAGCAGCCAUUACUCCAACACUUUAUCCUUGAGUAAUCAGGCUAAAUUGCUAAUUUGGUUCUAGAAAAUUACUUGCCAUCAUAUAAAACAUAGUUGAAAGCUAUUUGGUUUGUUAAAUGUAGCUUAACAUCGUCUUUGUGUUUGUUUUUGAGUUGCCACAGUAUAAAAUUGACUGGCAUGUCUUAAGGUCAAUAUUUGGUAAAAAAUGGCAAAAAACGCUAUACAAUAUUUGAAACUGCCAAAAAAACUGAAGAUGUCAUACAAAUGUGUACAUUACAGUCUUCAAAGAUAAAGGACAACUGGCUCUAACAAGAACAGAUAGAGAUGUGGAAGGCAAGAUGUACAACUAAACAAGAGGAUAAGUACAUCAGAGUCUCUAGUUUGAGAAAUAGACGCCUCACAUGUCCUCCGCUGACAGCUUCAUUGAAUUCUACCCGCUCAACACCAGUUUCAUGUACAACAGUAAAGAGAAGACUCAGAGGUGCAGGCCUUCUGUGAAUUAUUGCAAAGAAAAAGACACUUUUGAAACAGAAAAACAAAAAGAAAAGUUUAGAGUGGGCAAAGAAACACAGACAUUGGACAACAGAUAAUUGGAAAAGAGUGUUAUGGAUCUUAACUCCAUUGAGCUUUUGUGGGAUCAGUUAGAUUGUAAGGUGCGUGAGAAGUGUCCGACAAGACAGCCACAUUUAUGGUAAGUGCUACAGGAAGCGUGGGGUGAAAUGUCAUCUGAGUAUCUGGACAAACUGACAGCUAGAAUGGCAAGGAUCUGAAAAGCUGUCAUUGCUGCACAUGGAGGAUUUUUUUGAUGACAACUCUUAGUUUUUUCACGUUAUGAAUGUCCUGUCGAUACAUUGCGAUCAGUUGAAUGCCAUUUUUGUGAAUACAAGAACCAAUUUCUUUCCAUAAGAGCAAAAUCUGUACAUUACUCCAAACUUUUGGCCUCUGCAUAUUAGGACAUUACUUGUGGCAAUGAAAAAAUUAUUAAACUUAAUGUCACUAUGAAAGGGUGGUAUGUCUUAUUUGUUAAUUGUGCUGCUCUUUUUUGCUAUUAAUAUUGUUGUAUCAUGCUAUUGUGUUAAUAUAUUCAAAUUUAUUUAAUGUAACUUUUACACAAGGAAAGUGGAAAUGUUGUUUAUAAUUUUUUUCAAAAAGGGUCUCAAUCUUGUAAUCAUCUAUGUAAAGAUCCUUUUUUUUUUUGCUGGUUUACUGUAUUACAGUAAAGUAUCUGAAUGCAUAAUAAUUCAUAAUAAAAAUGCUUUUGGUGCAUCCCAAAUUGGAAGACUCCAUGCACAGGUUUGGAUUCAGGUUCAGCCAAAUGGGUGUGCUUAGCUGUGGUCUUUGGUAUUUCAAAGAGACUUGUUUUUGUGUCUUGACAUUUUAUUGGAUUUUAGGUGACAUGAUGAACCUCUGUAAAAGAUUUGUCACUAAUGUCCUUAUUUCAAAGCACCAUUUAUGAUUAUGUAAUUAACAAUGCUGUAGAAUUGUACCAUUGUAGCGUUCUGCACAAACCUAUCGAUUAGCAACCUUUUUUGUAAACAACAUUUGAAUUGUGUUAUGCGAAAGAAAUGUUUUGUCAUUUCCUGUUCAUGUAUUACUGCACGUCUAGGCCCAGCUGACUGCUUUUUGAAAGGGCUGAAUAUCAGGUCAUAACGUCCUGACAGGGUUGUGAUGUCCUAUUCAAUGCCUUCACAUUAAAGAAAUUGUGUUUCAUUAAUUCUGCUUUCUCCUGUACCUCAAAGCAAUACUCUCCUCAUUUGCCUUUUGCUGUUCUGUUUUCUGCAUAGUAGGCCUAGUCUUCCAACUUUUUUUCGAGUAACUUGUGUGCACAGUCAACUCUGUAGAUCACAUAUUCUGGUGUUCUCAGACUGUAUCUCUGUGAGUGAUGCAGCACAACAUUAAGGCUAUUCAGAGAUGGAAUAUCAAAGUUAGCUUGAACACAUUUUGCCCCACCUUGCCUUGAACUACAGCAGCCAUUUUUAACGUCUGCACAGAUUGUUGUCCCUGCAUCCCUGUUGUGGUCGACUGACAAAGUUCAUAAAAUGUAUACUAUUAUAUAUUUGUAGGAUAAAUUGCAAAUUUUUUCUUUCUCCCAAUGUCAGAUCAUUUAUGUACUUAUUAACUGACAACAUAUUCUAUAAAACAAGAAUGAAGGUAAUUGUCACAACGGACCCCAAAUGCCUGUGGUGGUUUGCUGGUUAUCAUCUUGUUCAGGAUAAGUUAAUGUAUUGUAUUUUUUAGCCAUUGAUGCAUCAGAUCAGCUUUUAAAAAUGGCUUAUCGUACAGGUUAACAGUGUUUUUCUGUAAAUCGGGUCAUAGAAAAAUGGCCAAUCAUUGUGUUCACCAUGUAUGCGUGUAUGACAAGAUGCUGCAACUUAGUCUGCUUGAGACGCCUUUCUUUAUAGUAAAGUUGUGUCAUUUUUCAACCUUCUGAUCCGUCUUUGCCUCUCAUUACUGUAUUUGCUCUUGUUUUUUCUGUUUGAUAAACACA